ACGCGCAGCUUGUCAGUCCUGACUUGUGACUUCCACUUGCACACUGUCCACUCUGUUAACAGCAGCACGGUACAACUAAAACAACACUACCCACUCUCCACAGCCAUGGCAGACCAAAGAAUACGGCAAAUUAAGAUCAAGACUGGUAUCGUUAAAAGGCUGGCCAAAGAGGAGAUCGCAUACAAAACAGAAGCAAAACAGCAGGAGGAGAAGAUUGAGCGCCUGAAAGCGGAGGAAGGAGACGAUUAUGUCAUCAAGAAACAGAUGGAGGUUUUGCAGGAGUCCAAAAUGAUGAUCCCAGACUGCCACCGCCGUCUGACCAUGGCACACGCAGACCUGGUUCAGCUACUAGAAACAGAAGCGGAUUUGGAAGAAACAGAGGAGUACAAAGAGGCUAGAAACAUAUUGGACUCAGUGAAGCUUGAAGGAUGAUUUCUGUUCUCACUGUGAGAUUUCACUUGCUUUAAAUGUCCAUUCCUUUCGUCAGGCCCUGUUUGCAAGCUUGCAGCUGACUGAAUCCGUUCUCGUUUUCUUGAUGUAAUUAUUUCUACUGUUUACUGUUAAGGUGCCACCACAUCUGAUCAAUCCUCCCCCAUGUGUUAAACCCCCUAAAGAACAUGUGAAAACAUUCGGUUUAGUACUGUUUUUUUUCUUAAGGUUUUGUUCUUACUAACACACCGUCUGCAUUGACUUCAUAGACAUGAUUAAACACACUCAGAAACACCUA